CUCUUGCACUUCUGAGCCGGGAUUUUAAUUUGGCAUGAGAUCAAAGAGGCUCUAUUUUCAAUACGAGGUGAAUACUUAAAGAGCAUGUCAAUCUCAUCUGAUCUUCUCCGCGUGUUCGACGGCAAAUACCUUCCAGUACCAGCAGCCUCCCCAGAUCAGGGCGACGACUCGCAGUUAUUGCUCAUCACAGCAUCGCUGGAAACAAAUGCCUCUUGGUUACUACAGCAUUUCGCGAGAUCAUGUAUUGGAAAUAGUACGGGAAGGAGUAUAGGACGGCGGGCAGAUAGUUUAGGAGGAGGAGGGGAGACAGGCGCAGGCGGGGAUAGGCAUUGGAGAGCUCCGGUGGUUUUUCUGUCGUUUGUUCAAGAGUUUCAGUUUUAUGCUCGGAGUUUUAAGAAAACAGGCGUCGACGUAUCGAGUUUGAUCCAGAAAAAAUCAUUCCUCUACAUUGAUGGCUUCUCAAAAUUGGUUUGCGAUUUACCACCUGCUGCCGCCUCAGAGUCAAGACCAGAGCUAUAUUUACGCGCGGAGAACAAAGAUAAAUGGAUUCAGCAGAUCGCAAAUGCUGUAGCAGGGCUCUCGAAGACGACCUCUUACAGACCGAUGGUGAUUGUUGAAGGGAUCGAGAUGCUUCAUGUUCUUGGAAUCUGGCCUGUACAGGAGAUUCUCGACUUUGUGAGUGACUUACAAGAGAUUGCCGGUAUAUCGGUGAUUUCUGUCUCUGGUUCGAACGCUGUCCUACGCGGAGCUACAUCUCUUUCUCAGGGCCAAGAAGCGCUUUUCUUUUCGCUCUUGAACCGCGCCUCGGCAGUCUUCAGCAUCCGGUCGCUAGACUCUGGAUAUGCAAAGGAUGUCACGGGGGUGAUUCGGAUAACCAAAGGCGGCCAGCCUUCGGGAGACGGAAAAGCGCCCAGUAUCGACGAGGGCGAGUAUCAUUAUUUUGUAGGCGAAGGUAAUUUGUCGGGAGUCAGGGUGUUUGAGAAGGGCCAUUCAUGAGAGGCUCUAGUUGUAUAUAAGUGUGUAUUAUAGUAAAAUCGUGCAUUGUUUUGCCUGGAGUUCUGUAUGAGUCAAAGCUAUAGAACAGAAUAUGGUAGUUGACAGUCUCUUCGUCUUCGUAGCAGCGAGGAAGCGCGCCGCACGGAAAGUGAAAAUUGU